AUGAUGCCGAUUAUCGGGAAGAAGUGGUAUGUAAAUAUGCAGCUUUAUUUAUUCUCCAUGAUUUAUAGACGAAACAACUCGUUCCAGUUCACGGACGUAACAACAAGGAGUUCGUGAGGAAUAUCCUCAAAAAACUGUUAGGACCACCCCUUUGCCAUGACUACUGUUUGUGGUGGCUCAGUAGGAAAGCAAUCAAUUAUUGGUAGUCCUUUAUAUGCACUACCGUGUGGUAAGUUUUCCUCAUUUGUUAGCCGUUCAGAUGCCAUACGCCUGAGCCCUACCUAUGGUGAUUGCGGCCACGAAAUGGCUCGCCAUACUGUCAUUGAUUAGUUUCAUGGAUCGAGGGACCGCUAUGGCAGCCAGGCUAAAUGCCGGGAGGCAAUUGCAGGAAGUAGAGAUGAUACACAUUGCCCCAUACUGUCUCCAUCUGAAGACGCGUCAAUUGCCAUCGACGAAAUUUACAUAUUUAAGCUUAACUAUCCAUACUACUGCAGUGCACUUAAUUAGUAUGAAAAUUGUAUGUGCAUUUUAAGGUAUUACUUCCUUCCGCCGACCAUAUGUUUUCCCAACAAUUGUUUUUCUUCAACUGUAGGAACCAGCCGACUUCUGGAACGCCCAACUGAAUGGCAUAACAUAAGUUAAAGUCCACUUAUAUACUGGCACUGACAUUUAUUAUGAUUGUACAUAUUUUACAAUUCCUUUUUUUGUUUCUACAACAAAUAGCUCAUUCACAUGAAUUUGCCUCGCGUGCGUUUGAUAUUGGUUGCCGAUUAGUGGGUAAAUGUACGGCGGGGUCACGGUGAGUACAGUUCAGUUCAGUUCAGUUCAGUUUAUUGAGGGAAAUAGGCGUAAGCCUUUGAGUACCCCAUUUGCAAGUAAAAAAUGUGUGGUGUACAGAUAGAUGUUCUGGGCUGAAAUAGUUCGAACACGCCCAUAAUGGUGGGACAAAAUGAGAAGGAGUUACAGGGGGUGAACUCCACUUCUCAUCGCUCUCGGUCAUUUCGGAACAUAAAUAUGUACCUCAAAAAGGCACAGAGAGUCAGACGAGGGAACAAGAGUUGGCUACGCCGCACACGAAAAUCGCGCCGCUGAAAACGAAAAAGGAUCAAAAGAUCGUAGUAAACAGGCAGUCAUGCGUUAGUCCUGCUGAAUCAAACCUUCCUAACUCGGUGGAAGGUUGUAGCCGGGAUGCACGCGAUGAAGACUCUGUAGGUAUGAUUAUACCACAAGGCCGUCUAGUUGAUCGCAGCAAAUGCAUCGUUAUAAAGGGCAUGCCUGAGUCUGUUUCCGACGCUUCAAAGGACAGAAUACAACAUGACAUAUGAAUAUCUCAAAUCGAUCUUAAUAAGGGACGAAAAAGUCACUGUAUUAAAGGCUUUCAGGAUGGGCAAAAUUAAAGACUCAAAACAAGAUCCUUACCGACCGAGACCGUUAAAAAUUGUCUUUGAGAAUGACGAACAAGCACAGCUACUUUUGAGCAGGAAAGCUGCGCUUAAACACGCCCAUCCAUCAGUUUUUUUUCAGCGGGACUUUUCACCCGCGGAGCGAGAAAAAUGGAGGGGGCUCAAAUUGGAAGUCCUGAGGCGGUCGAGUCUGGGCGAGAUAAAUCUCCGAAUAGUGGACGGAAAAAUUAUACGCGUCCGGAGGCCAUUCCUCUUGAGAAAGCCCAUAACUCUAACAGCUUAGGAGUGAUGGAAAGCAGUUCAUCCCGAUCAGCUCCGACCGGCUUUUGCAUUCAAUCCCAAGAAAUGGAUAAACGCCAGUAUACCGGAGUUGCUCGUGCCAAAUUGAGAUUUUUGUAUACCAAUGCUCAAAGUCUCGUUUCGAAAAUCGACGAACUCAAAGCGAGAGUACCGGAACAAAUCCCCGACGUCAUCGCCAUAACGGAAACUUGGCUUAAUGCCGAAAUCAUGGAUGCUGAGAUUUCGAUACCGGGUUACCAGCUGUUUCGUAGAGACCGUCAAAAUAGGCAGGGCGGAGGGGUAGUCGUAUAUGUAAGGGAAGGAAUUUCAGCUGUUGAAAGAGCCCACACCCUAUCCCUUGAAUAUGAAUCCGUCUGGAUAAAGAUAAAGAAGAGCAAUGCACAAAAUCUAGAAUGUCUGGCGAUUUACAGACCACCAAAUCUUCUGAGUGCAGCUGAUGAGUCGCUCCUUGAUUUAGUCAAAGACGUAGCUAGCCACCAAGAGGUACCUAUUGCUGGGGAUUUCAACGCACCUGCAAUAGAGUGGGAAACUAUGGCAGUUAAUGGUGGACCAGCCUCUUUCAGCAAUAAGCUACUGGACCUCACACUCGAUCUCCCUCUGGCGCAACAUGUGAAGGUACCAACAAGAUUUCGAGAGAACCAGAGAGCAAAUGGUCUAGACCUAGUUUUCACUAAGGACUUCUCUAAUAUCGACGAAGUGUAUUCCAAUGCACCUCUCGGGAAAAGUGACCAUACCACGCUAUUAUGGGAUUACUCGCUCUUCUCUAAACGCCAGAAGAGAACAGAGGGCCAACCUAAUAUAUGGAAGGCAGAUUUUAAUAUGAUGAAGAACGAAUUGCUGUCCGUGAAUUGGGACCAAAUAUUCAGGGGAGAUCCGGAGGACGACUGGAGAUCUUUUAAAACGAUUUCACUCGAUCUGAUUAGGCGCUGUUGUCCACCUAAAGUACAAAAAACAACUAGUCGACCUGCUUGGUUAACUAGGGACCUAAAUAGGUAGCUACGGAAGAAAAGCAAAAGAUGGAAAAUAUUCAGGGAAACUGCGUCACCAGCGCAUUUCGAAGAAUUUCGUCGUCAACGAAACGCCGUCAAAAAAUGUAUCCGUCAGGCACGGAAGGAGUAUGAAUCCAAAAUUACACGACAGGCUGAACAGAAGCCUAAGAUUUUAUUUCACUAUCUGAACAGUAGACUGAAAAAUAAGGACCCGGUCGCGGUGCUGAAUGAUGAUGAUGAUGAUGGUGUAGAGAUCAUUGAGAACAACGAGAAAGCCGAACACUUAGGACAGUAUUUUGCCUCCGUUUUUACUAGAGGAACAGAGUUUCGCUGUCGCAGUACCGGCAAUGCUCUUGAGACUGUUGGUCCCGUGCUUGACUCCAUACUCUUCCCGGCAGCUGCCGUGGAAAGGGAGCUGAAAAAUCUCAAAGAAGCAAAGUCCUCGGGUCCGGACAAUAUACCGGCCAAAUUCUUGAAGGAACUGGCGAAUGAACUUUCCAAACCACUGGCGCACAUCUUCCGCUCGUCAUUCGAAUUAGGGAGGUUGCCAUCGGAAUGGAAGACAGCAAAUAUCUUUCCGAUAUACAAGGGCGGGGCUCGCACUAAUGCUAACAAUUACCGGCCCGUUAGUCUAACCUGCAUCUGCUGUAAAAUAAUGGAGGCCAUAGUUAAGAAAGCAACUAUGGAGUUCCUGGAGCAGGGCCAUUUAAUCUCAGACCUGCAGCACGGCUUUAGACAGAACCGCUCGUGUCUUUCCAGUUUAUUGCUCUCGACGGAGCAGUGGACUCGCGCACUGGAUGAGGAUGGGAGGGUUGAUGUCAUAUACACAGACUUUAAGAAGGCGUUCGACAGCGUCCCACACAAACGCCUAAUCUACAAACUUUCUGAAAUUGGGAUAAGAGGACGGCUGCUGACAUGGAUAACAGAUUUUCUUACCGGGAGAUCGCAAACCGUGUGCAUUGAGGCCUCAAGGUCAACACCUACUCCCGUUCUAAGUGGUGUACCCCAGGGCUCCGUCUUAGGGCCGUUGCUAUUCCUGGUUUACAUUAACGACUGCGUCGACGACCUGGGAUGCAGCGCCAUCAUGUUUGCUGACGAUGUUAAGCUGUGGAGACCCAUCAGAUCUGACGCCGACAGGUACGCGCUUCAAGACAGUCUCAACCGCCUAAACAGUUGGUCAGCUCGCUGGCUCCUCAAUUUUAAUGUGGACAAAUGUGUAGUCCUGAGACUCCGCACAAGACAGACCAGUAAGGAAGACGAUUCCUUUCAAUAUGUCCUUGGUGGUCAGUCCCUUUCAAAUGUUGCGGAACAGAAAGACCUGGGAGUCCUAAUGACCUCCUCGCUGAAACCAUCUUCACAGUGUCAAAGGGCAGCCAAAAGUGCGAUAAGGGUGUUAUUUGCGCUGAGGCGAGGAUUUGUGCAGAUCGACAAGGAGCUGUUCGGAAAAACCUAUGGGGCAUUCGUCCGGUCUCACUUAGAGUAUGCAGUCCAGGCCUGGCGACCGUGGUUAAAGAAAGAUUAUCAACGACUGGAAAGAGUACAGGCGAUGGCUACGAAGAUGGUCAAGAAUCUUCAUCAUUUGCCUUACGAAACCAGGCUGACUGAACUAAAUCUGUUUCCUCUAAAUUACAGGCAACUGCGCGGCGAUCUCAUUCAAACCUACAGGAUUGUCAGAAGCCGAGAGUGUGCCCUAGAUUUUGAUGAAUUCUUUGAAUUGGCCCGGACUGACCGUCUGCGUGGUCAUCCGUUCAAACUGCAAAGGAAGCGGGCUCAUUCGGACGUCCGACGGAACGCCUUCUCACACAGGGUCAUCGGGGCAUGGAAUGGACUCCCUGAUGCCGUCGUUCUUUCCGAAAGUGUUAAAUCCUUUAAGUGCAGACUAGACGUUCACUUGUUGAGAACCUACUGUACAUACAAUAAUGAUUGUUUUAGCGGCGGCAGUUUGCGCCUGGCUCACACUUACCGCUAACUUCUUAACUUUUCGCAUUUGCUGAUGUAAUUGAUGACUUUAUUUCUGUUUAUCGACAUGAAUAGGGUGCUCAAGGGCGAAAGCCUCAUGCCCUUAAUAAACUGACUUAUAUAGAUGGUGACAUCACAAAAUCUGCGGGAAGAUCAUUCCAUGGCUUGACCACCCGAACCGCGAAGGAGAACUUCCGCACAUCCAGCCGUGCCUGCUUAGUGCGCAGUUUUAACGGGUGACCUCGGAGGUUGGUCGUGGUAGCAAAUUCAAAAAAGUCUUCGAAGGCCAGACUGCAAUCCAACCCCUUUACAAUGCGGAAGGCUUGCAAGAGAUCUCCGCGAAGUUGCCUGUAACUCAAAGGAAAGAGGUUCAGAUUUACUAGGCGGGUUGCAUAAGGAAAGGAGCUUUGACCCCUAACCAUCUUCGUGGCUAUCCUCUGGACUCGUUCGAGGCAGUUUUGAUCCAUAACAGCCCACGGCCUCCAAGCUUGUAUGCCGUACUCUAAAUGCGGCCGGACGAAUGUUCCGAAUGUCUUAGAGAAAGCUUCUUCGUCGAAGUCCAUAAACGCACGCUUGAUGGCGUACAGUACGGACAUUGCGCUUUUUGCCACCCUCGAACAAUGGGCGGAUGGUUUUAGGGAACUCGUCGUCAGCACACCGAGGUCCAUUUGGGCUUCGACCUCUUGUAGGGCUGCACCGCCCAGAAAGUAGUUUCUUGUGCUGGCGGAUCUGACUGUGUUGCCUAGGUGAAGUAUGCUACAUUUGGCAACGUUGAAUCGCAGGAGCCAACGGUUUGACCACUCCUCCAACCGAUUCAGGUUCAUCUGCAGUCUGUCUUCAUCGGAAGGACCCCGAAUUACACUCCAUAUCUUCAUGUCAUCCGCAAACAUUGCUACUUCACAGUCUAAAUCUCUUGCGGCAUCGUCCACGUAGAUAAGGAACAAAAUGGGUCCCAGAACUGAACCCUGGGGGACACCACUAUCGACCAUAGCCGGAUCUGAUUUUUCCCGACCGACGCACACCACCUGGUGUCGACCCACAAGAAAGUUUUCGAUCCAUUUAAGGAAGUUGCCACCGAUCCCUUUUUUUUCAGCUUAUGUAAGAGUCUUUGGUGUGGCACAGUGUCGAACGCCUUCUGGAAGUCUCUGAAGGCUAUGUGGACCGCGUGCCUGUCGUCGAGAGCUCGGGUCCAGCUCUGGAGAGAUUGCAGCAGGUUUGUCGUGCAGGAUCUUCCUGCUCGGAACCCAUGUUGGCAUUUCGAUAGCAGGCCGUGAACUUCCAGGAAUUGCAUCAGUUCACUCUUUAUGAUCCUUUCCAUAACUUUGCAGAGAAUGCAUAUCAAGCUUAUGGACGGCAAUUUGUCGUCGCUGCCCUGUUACCUCCUUUGCGUAGCGGAGUAAUAUGCGCCAGCUUCCAAUCGACAGGAAGUGUUCCAGUGUCAAAUGACGUUCGAAAGAGCAUCGACAAAGGCACAGAGAGCUCACUGGCAAGUUCCAUCAGAAGCUUGGGUGGGAUCUCGUCUGGUCCUGGCGACUUCGAUUCGUUCAAUGCCUCUAAUUCUCUUCGGACAAUGCCUUCUGAGAAGAGUAUAUCACUGACGCUUGGAGUCGGCAGUUCUUCUGUGGAGGGAGGAAGGAACCUUGCCUCGUUUGUGUAGACUGAUUGGAAAAACCGUGAAAAAUACGCAGCUUUAUCCCUACUAUCAGCGAUCUCAUCGCCAUCAGUAGUCUUUAUCAAAGGGAUUUGAUGCCUGUUCCUUGUAGUUCGUCGGAGGUAGCUGUAGAGAAAUUUUGGGUUCUGCGUUGCUUUUUGUAGCAAGUACUUCUCGAAUUCCCGCCGCGUCGGCAUUAUGUAAUACCGUAGUACUCUACGUACGCAAAAUGGGUUUCGACGCGUAACAUGUGGGAACAGUGGGGUACUUCGCCUGAGGCGACUAGCCACACAGGACGAUAUUUUAAAGUGGUGCCAAAAGUGGGCGGGAUAUGGCGUCCCCUGCGCAUUUUUUCGCUGGCGGGGCCGGGCUGGGCUAUCGCGUUGAAUGCUCCACCACAUCUCCGCCUAGCCCCUUCAUAACCCCCUCCACCCCCGCCAUUUUUGAUGGGGUUAGGCGGGGCUGGUGCUGGCAGGGGUAGUCACGGUUUGCAAAAAAAUCUUUCGAAGGGAGUCGAAUAGAUCUAUUAGAGCACUUCCUGGGCACCGUUAGUCUCCUUUCAAUACAGGCAAAAACCUAAACCAAACUCAUCCCUUUCGCCUGCACUUUGUCUUCUUUGAAUUUAGGUGUCUGCGAAUGCAGAGUUUGUUUUAAUUUGAAUAAAAGAACUUGAUUUCCAAGGCAAAAUAAUAGCGAAGUUAGAAAAAUGUACAAUGCAUCAUGGAGAAUGACGUCUGGCGUUUUGUAGGAUCUGUGGCCAUGAAUGCAUCGCCCUUUUGUGAGACUUGAAGGCCUUUGACAUCGGCCUGCCAUUAAAAUUGUGUUCGAGUUGAACAAAUUAGUGUCUGAUAGCCACCGGUUGUCAAAAUAGUUGGGCAUUGGCCAAUUGGCCCUUAAGGUUUGGUCGUACCGUUCAUUAGUUUUGCUUGGAUUAACAGCUGGAAAAGAUGAAUAUAUAUCAAGAGCAGUGAACAUUGAGGGGUAAGUAAAAGUCCAAGAUGUCAAACAUAUUGAAUUAUAUGUCAUAUUUUUGAUUGCUAAUGUUAAUUUAGUAUGAUCUCAUAUAGUUGCAUAUGGACUAAUUAGGCCAUAUCAGACUUAAGUCCCGUAUCUUAUAAGAUAAAAAUGUAAGUAAAAAUUUGAUCGGUGGGACUUUUUGAAUUCGCGACGUGACUGUAACCUACUCCUGAAUCUGCGCAGAUUCCAGGCGCCGGAAUUCCUCCCAGUGAUGUCUCCAUUUCUGGUACCUGGAUGAUACGCUAGCGUUUUUCGAUCUGACAUUCAGCUUUCAGACUAAAAUUCCACUUUAAUACAACUCUAAAUCUUGUUCGCUGCAUUCGAUGCUUUGAUUCCUGCCAGACCCAUCAGCUCCUAUAGGAGACUAUAGUCUUGAGAUUCACAAGUGCGCAUGUUCUAUUUCUAUUCUAACGCUCUUAUCUUACUUCCUCUGCACUACUAAAGGUGGAUGUGCUCUCUCUUCCUCGCUCGUGAGUUUUUGGCAAUGCUCAUUCGAACAGUAAAUGUCUGUCAUAUAAGACGACUUCGAAAUUUGCCCCGACUAGCCAACUCUCGCUCUCAAAAACAUUUUCUAUUCAAGAGUUAGGUUUAGACACUAAACGGACGCUUCGGACACAGUUUGUCACCACAUCUUUGUAGCAACCGCCGACUUCAUAAGAACAAUGAUUAACUGGGAACGAAAUAAUGUAAAGUGCCUUUGGCAGCAUUAUCGCCUUAAGCCACCGGCCAAUCCCCGCGGAGGUGCCCGCACCAGUUUGAAAUUGUCAUCAUUCAAGCUAACAACUAUCACACCUGAUAUCACCAUUUAGAGACAGGUUGGCAUCCAGUAACAAGCAGGAGUAGAAUAAGGCAUUUGCUUUCAUACAGACUUUAUUGGAAAGGAGGUGGUUUGAAAUCGGGUUUCUAUCACAGACAUGCACUACUGCCCUAAUUACAUACGGUCGCUGUGCAGGCCGUACUACUACACAAUACAGGAACUUUUAGCAUGCAUCGGAACUGCGAAGCACACAGAAGCGCCUAUCAGGCGGUGGCAGCAUCGAGAAAAAUCACUGCUUCGCGCAAGCCUCCUCAUCUCCUGCAUACUCGCCGCAACCAAACUUAUGCGAAGCACUUGCAACCAACAGUGCAUUUUCAGUUGAUUUGGCCACUGUGCCCAGCGCGAACAGGACGGUCUCCAGAGAUCCGAAGAGACAAACUGCACCGCCCCAUUCAAGCAUGAGGGUGUGCGCGUUAUAGCAAAUAUUAUCCAGCAGAAAUCCCUUAUCACAACAGGACACACUAGGCAGCAAUUCAAAGAUGUGGAAGUUGGAGGAAGGUGUCCAUGGAAGUGAUGGUUGAGGGGGUAACUGUGAUCAGCUAAGGACACGAGAUUUCGACAGUGAGGAGACGGACCCUAAUGUCUCACCGUAUGAGGGCUCACAUGUGUCUCGCGUCUUUGUAAACUACAAGGACAGAUUUCCCUAUUUCCUUAUUGCUUGCAUUUACUCGGCCAUAUCUGAACUUCAGCCUUCCUUCGUACUAGAUGGCUGGCUGUUUACCUUCAAUCCCUGCUUACUUUGAGAUAGUACGACAAUUUAAGAGGGCUAGAUGUCUAUAUUUUGUGCAAACGCAUUGCAUGUUGUGUUUCAAACGACCAUGUUGUUGCUGCUCCGGAAAGUGGAGUGGUGACUGAGAGCCUCCGUUUGCCACGAGACUAGCGCGUCGAAUAGUACACGGAUCUGCAUGCCAGGGACAUUUGAAAUGGUUUUAAUCAAAUUUGUAUUUCGCAUCUGCCAAUUAGCCUGACUGCUGAGCAUCCAGCGCCCUCAUUUGUGCCGGAUGUUGGAUAUGUCUUGGGUGAAGCUGCCUGUGAAAUAAGAGUAUUUGUACGUGAGUUAGAUAAAUAGUGGCGGACGGCAUCGUUAAUGCCGUUGGGAUCUGGUGCACGGACCGUCUCACCAUGUGCCUUAUGCCCGAAGACGUCAAUGCGAGCCAAUGCGCUAGAGGAGACAGCUUCGACGAUGGCGACGACGACGGCCAUCUAAGAAGUCGGUAAGGGACACAUAUACAGUAAGAGAAACCAAUCAUUACUUAUUUACUUGGCCCACCUUAGCCCGUUCAGUUACUUCAGAUUUUAUCGCAUUCAGACUGUCGUGAACAUGGACAACGGCAACACCAGGGUACCAUACUACAAACGAUAAAAUUUAGCACUGUAAAGUGCAUAACCUCUAUAACCACCGUCCAAAACGCCCCCACAUGUGCCGCAAAAACCUCCAGAUCAACAGCCAAAAUACGCUUUGUGCAUACAGCCACCGCACAUUAACAUCACAAGUCGGCCUGAUUGGUCAUUUAGGAAUCCAUCGCACAGAAACUAGUUAGUUGUCACCAGGAGACCUGUCCAGGGGUGUUCUGUCUUCUCUUGGUUCAUUCGGCCAUAUGCACCUCCACGUAAAUUUGAGACAAAACAGUACAGUCUGAACCCAAACCGUACACCCAAUUCCAACUAGACGCAGUCGAUCCAACUGGAUGCUUAACAAGGUCCUGCGUUACACAUAUAGACAAGCUACUGCAGCUCUAUUUGCCAGAGCGCUCAAUCCCAGCACUAGUUGGUUAGAAGGCUCGGACGGUAGACCGGCGGGUGAGAGAGGGAGUGGGAAAUUGAAAUGAGGUCGAAUCCAAUGAUAGCAAACUACCCGAGAAGGGUCGCUGAUUCGAGUUGGGCUAAACAUCACCUCUGCAUUUAUUGCAAAUGGAUUAAUAUGGAACCGUCGAAACAUGCACAGCAUUCGGCCUCACACGCUAAAUGUCGUGGGUGGAAGACGGCCGACCGUUGAGACAACAAGCCACUUGUACAUCCCUUCAUGUGAAAACCUGGUACAUUGUAUGGGAUCAAGAUCAUAUGCAACACACGCAGACAGGCUACUUCGCCCGAGUACGUCUAUUAUCGUCCUGACUCCGUCUUGCCGUUGAGCCACUGCGAGUGAGAUAGAAGGUGGGGCAGUUGCUAUACAAAUUUACUUAGAUUGCCAUCCAGCACAUGCCCAAUUCAUCGCCCCUAUUCGUCGCCUUUUGGGACACAUGUUGGAUAUAGUCGUUCUCGAUGGUGAAAAUUUCGCUGGCGUUUUCGGGGAUGCAUUUCGUGCUGCGGAGGAAUGACAGCGAAACAGAGUGCCUCGAAUACAUCUCGCCACACUCUCAUUUUACCAAGAACGGGGCAGUUUGCAUACACCCGAUUUCGUGCGUUUGCUUAUACAUCAUGCUCACGCCAUCUUCGCUUGUUCACGUCAAGUGUUCUCGUUUCACUCGCCCGUCCAUUUUAAACAGACGCCACAUCUUGCCGAAACAGGUGUCAGAACAUUAAUCAAGUAUUCCUUGACGCAGCAUCUAGGAGUUCAUCUGUCAACCUAACUCCCAAAUCUGCAAUUUAGUGGACUCUUGUGCUACAAAUAUGUGACUGCAUGUAAUUGCAGCAACAGACAUUCCUAGUCAAUCAAAAUUUUACAGAGACUAGCCCUGGGAUGAUCUUAAUAUCUAUAGGCAAACUCGAAGAAAAUGCUUAGCGUACAUAACAGCAAUGAGGAAAUAUGGAAAAUAGGCCUAAAUCAUGUAAAAGACGUGAAACCUAUGUGAUAAGGUAUACGGCCAGACACCAGAGUACACGGUGCACUCGUUAUCAAAAUUCGCUUCCUAAUCUAAUCGUCAGUCCUCUUCUCUACCUUCAGUUCCAUCUACGUCUUCUGGACUGGUUCUCUCAACUUCCUCAGUCUUCAACUACCGCCACGCGCAGGCCACUGUGAUUAA